AUGCCUCGAAAACGUAAAUUUUCCUCCCAAGAUGAAUACCGCAUCGAAAAUAAUCGACAACGUCGAGAAAGAUAUGCUGCAGAGAUAAUCAGACGCCAGCAGCAUGCUACGCAGAUGCCUACCAAAAACGCACAAUCUAUUCCACUGCAUCCACCGCAUGCUGUUACUGUCACAGAUGUUUCUUCUGUCCCUAUUUCUUCAGAGCAUGAGGACGAUUUAAUUGAUGUCCCUAUUUAUACUAAUGCAUCAGAAGCUACCAGCUCUUUGCAUCAUCAAUCUCUUGAUGCUCUUUUGCCAUCAUCCUCUUUUGUUCCAAGUCCCUCCUCAUGCUUUCCCUUGCUUGCUCCACAAUUUCCUCGCGUACUGGAUAGCUUAUCUACAUCAGCUAUAUCUGACAUUGAUCCAUAUAAUAGAAACCUUUUCUAUCCUCCUAUUAUAACUUAUCAAAAUUCCUAUUCAAUUCUUCUAGCUCCUGUACGCCGCAGAAAAAAUACACCAUUGCUCCAACAAAUACAAUUAGAACCAACCAUCCUCCCAUCUGUUCCAGAUUGUCCACAUUGUCAUGCUAAACGGUUUUAUAUGGAACCGCCAAGAUUUUGUUGUGCAUCAGGAGAAGUUCGUCUAGCAGAAACAAAAAUGCCAGAUAAGUUGCUGCAGCUUUAUAAAGGAAACACUCCUGAAAGUAUUGAAUUCAGACAAUGUAUCAGGAGCUACAACAAUAUGUUUGCUUUCACAUCAUUGGGAGUUCAUUAUGACAAAGAGCUGAGCAAAAGAAACAGAGGCAUCUACACAUUUCGAGUUCAAGGACAGAUUUAUCAUUUUGUCAAUCCACUGAAACCUUCUACUGGUGAAAAAGCAUCGAAUCUGCAGCUUUAUUUUUAUGAUACAGAACAUGAGAUGCAAAAUAGAAUGGCUCUGUCAAGCAAAUUCAAGGAAUCGAUUGGUCAGCAACUAAAAUCUGUCCUUGAUGACAAUCCUUAUUCUAUGUUUAUCCGAAAAUUGGCAGACAUUGAAGAGAUUGAUAAAUACAAAAUUUUCCUGAAAUCCAAUCCUGGAUUAGAUCAACGUGUUUUCAAUGUUCCUUCAGUGUCUCAAGUUGCAGCAAUUUGGUCAGAGAAUGACAAUGUUAAUGGAGACAAGUCAAGAGAAAUUGAAAUAUGUACAAAGACAGGAGAUAGAAAAAUAGUUAAGCAAUAUUAUGGUUGUUAUGACACGUUACAGUAUCCACUGAUAUUUGCUCGUGGAGAAACUGGAUGGCAUCCUGGAAUUCUUAGAAAAACAAAAACUCAGAUUCUUCAACAACCCCAUCAAACUUGUCAAAAGGAAAAUUUGGUUUCUAUCAAUGAAUACAAUGAUAUAGAACAGCUAUUUUCUGCAAAACAAACAGCUGCCAAAAAGAAAAAAAGACAAAGACCAACUGUCUCAUGCAGAGAAUAUUAUGCUUACAAAUUCCAAAUGCGAAAUGGAGAUCAGUCAAACUUGCUGCAUAUCGGCCGUUUAUUCCAGCAAUAUUCUGUUGAUACCUAUGUGAAAUUAGAGACAUCACGCCUUGAAUUUCACAGAAGCAAACAGAACAAAUUGAGAACAGAGGCCUAUCAAGGAUUGCUUGAUAUCAUAGCAAAAGGCAACACUAAUGCAUCAGAUGUGGGAAAACGUAUCAUCCUGCCCGCAAGUUUUAUAGGAGGGCCAAGAGAUAUGCGACGGCGAUAUAUGGAUGCUAUGACCCUUGUACAACGUUAUAGAAAGCCAGAUAUCUUCCUUACAAUGACCUGCAAUCCAUCUUGGCCUGAAAUCAAGAACCAUUUGCUUGACACAGAUGAAGCUCAGAAUCGGCCAGACUUGAUAACACGAGUAUUUCGUGCAAAAAUAGAGCAAUUGAAAGAAGAUCUUUUCAAGAAACAUCUUUUUGGUCGUGUUGCUGCUUACACCUAUGUUAUCGAAUUCCAAAAAAGAGGUUUGCCGCAUGCUCAUUUCUUGAUCAUCUUAAAGGAACAAUCAAAGAUGUUCUCACCGGAAGAAUACGACAAAAUUGUUUGUGCAGAGCUUCCUGAUAGACACAAGGCACCAUACUUAUAUUCUUUGGUUAUAAAGCACAUGCUUCAUGGACCAUGUGGAUCAAUGAAUCCAAGUAAUCCUUGUAUGAAACAGAAUCACAAGUGCAGAAAUAACUAUCCGAAAGAUUUUUCAGAGUACAUAAAGCAUGGGAAAAAUUCAUAUCCUAUUUACAGAAGACGGGAUGAUGGCACCAAGAUCUAUAUCAGAGAACAUGAGUUAGAUAAUCGAUGGAUUGUCCCUUACAAUCCAUAUCUUCUUGCAAAAUAUGACUGUCACAUCAAUGUUGAAAUAUGUUCUGCCAUUGAAGCUGUAAAGUACAUCUACAAAUAUAUAUACAAGGGUCAUGAUAGGGUGAUGUACCAGUUGACAGCUGAGCAAGCAAAUCAAGUCAUUGAUGAGAUAAAAAAUUUUCAAUCCGCAAGAUGGGUAUGUGCACCUGAAGCUAUCUGGAGGAUAUAUGCUUUUGAUCUCAGUGUUAUCAAUCCAUCAGUUAUUUCGCUUCAUUUACAUCUUGAAAACUACCAAUCAAUGUGCUUUGACAAGAAUCGUCCAUUGACAGAUAUAAUUACAGACGAUAGGCUUUCACGAACAAUGCUAACAGAAUUCUUUGCAAUGAAUCGGACAAAUGAACAUGCAGAAAGCCUCAAUCUUCUGUACAAAGAGUUCCCUCAGCAUUUUGUCUGGGAUGCAGAUGAUAGAAUAUGGUACACUAGAAAGAGAGGACAGGUCAUUGGACGUGUUAUAGCAGCACAUCCAAUUGAAGGAGAGAGGUAUUAUCUCAGAAUAUUGCUGAUGCAUGUUCGAAAACCCACAUCUUUUGAUGACCUGAAAACAGUUAAUGGUUAUCUAGCUUCUUCAUUUAAAGAAGCUGCAGAAUUGCGAGGUUUCCUUCAAAUAGACAACGGAGCUGAAGAAUGCUUAUCAGAAGCUAUUCUCUACGGAAUGCCACAAUGUUUAAGGCAGCUAUUUGCAGUUAUCUUGGUCCAUUGUUCACCAGCUGAUCCACAACAACUUUGGUCAAGAUUUCAACCAUUCUUAUCAGAGGACAUUGCAGCAGACUCUUGUUUAUCAGAAAAUGAAAUCAUCAUGAAAGUCCUUGCUUUGAUUGAUCAAUAUUUACAGAUAAUGGGAAAAAGUAUAAAGGAUUAUGGUUUCUCAGACUUCAUUCCAGAUUCUCGCUCUAUCUGUCUUACAAAAGAAAUACAAGCUGAAGCUGACAUACCUGUCUCUAGAGAAGAUUUAGCAGCAGUCUCUAUGUUCAAUCCUGGACAGCAAUUUGCAUUUGACAAAAUAAUGGAAAAAGUUAAUACAAACACUCCAGCUGCAUUCUUCAUUGAUGGUCCUGGUGGUACGGGAAAAUCUUUUCUCUAUAAAGCACUCCUUGCAACAAUUAGAUCAAAAGGAGACAUUGCAUUAGCAACUGCAACAUCAGGAGCAGCUGCAUCAAUACUUCCAGGAGGUCGUACUGCUCAUUCACGCUUCAAAAUCCCUCUCCAUCAUGAAGCCAGCAGCACAUGUAAUCUUUCUAAACAAAGUGCAAUCUCUCAGUUAAUCAAGAGUGCAAAGCUCAUAAUAUGGGAUGAAGCAGCAAUGGCAAAAAAAUAUGCAAUUGAGUCCCUUGACAGAUUUCUUAGAGACUUGUUAAGUUGUGAUCACAUCUUUGGUGGUAAAAUCAUUGUUUUCGGUGGCGAUUUUCGGCAGACUCUUCCAGUAGUGAGGAAAGGCCAAAAGGAAGAUUACAUCUCUGCAUCACUUAUCAAUUCAUAUCUCUGGCCACACCUUCAAAAGAUACGGCUGACUGAAAACAUGAGGGCAUCUUUGGACCCAUCAUUUUCAAAUCUUUUGCUAAACAUUGGAGAUGGAACACAGCCAACCAUUGCAGAUGACAAAAUCCAGUUACCUUCUCCUAUGAUCAUUCCUUUUAUUAAUGAUGAAAUAUCAUUAAACUCCCUCAUCAACAUUGUUUAUCCAUCACUGUCUGACUUUCUGCCCAACAAUUCUGCUAUGAUUAAUAGAGUCAUUCUCAGUACAACAAAUGAUAUUGUCCACGAGGUCAACCAAAUUUUGAUCCAGAAAUUCCCAGGUGAAGAAAUCAAAUACAUCAGCUUCGAUCAAACCAUAGAUCCAACCAAACAAGCUGAUCACGGUGACUUCUUAACUACUAUUCACCCUCCAGGAUUACCCCCACAUGAACUGAUUUUGAAGCAGAAUUGCCCAGUUAUACUUCUAAGAAAUCUCAAUCCUGCACAAGGAUUAUGCAAUGGAACACGUUUGAUUUGUUUACAUUUCAACAAAAAUGUUAUUCAUGCACAAAUUUCUGUUGGAAUUCAUUCUGGUAAACAAGUUUUCAUUCCUCGCAUUCCAUUGCAUAGCUCUAAUGAUGAAUCAUAUCCAAUCCCUUUCAAACGCACUCAAUUUCCAAUCUCUCUCUGUUUUGCUAUGACAAUUAACAAAGCACAGGGACAGACACUUGAUUUUGUAGGAUUAUAUUUGAAAGAACCAGUAUUUUCACAUGGUCAAUUGUAUGUUGCAUUAUCAAGAGCCAAAACAGCUGAUAAUGUUAAAAUUCUGCUUAGACCUGUUGCAUCUGAUUCUUUAUCCCAUAAUUCUACACGCAAUGUAGUUUAUCAGGAAAUUCUGGCAGCUGCAACUCAUGAUUAA